UCGUGUGAGCUAUGUAUUUUUAAAAUUGUGCUUUUUUUCUGAAAAAAUAGUUUGAUUCGAUCAUUUAUUGGUUAAUAUGCAUUAAGGGGGAUCUAUUUUAGAUCCUCACAACAUAAAUUCAUCAUUUUUGCAAAGUAUUAUCCUUUUAAAUAGGUGUUAAAAGUUAGCGUCUGAUGCCGCUCAUAGAUUUUAGCACAAAAAUGGCAAAAUCACAAAUAAACACGAAGUCAAGAGACUAUGUGAAGGAUAAAGAUACAUUUCUGAAAGAAUUGAAACAGUUCAAUGAGAGUAAAAACAUACCGUAUAAGAUACCAGUAGUAAAUGGUGUGGAUAUAGAUUUAUAUCUUUUAUAUUCAUUAGUUCAGCAGAGAGGUGGCCUCAGUAAAGUAAAUCAAACUGACACAUGGGAAGCAUUUUUGAGACCACUUAAAUUGCCAUAUCCUUGUGUGAAUGGGUCCACGCUGUUACGUCGAAUAUAUGGCAUGUACUUGGAGAAAUAUGAAAGAGCCAAAGGUCCACCAGGGAGAGAUGAUGAUAAUGACAUGGACGAGGAUCCCAGGAGGGGGAGGGGAGGGGGCAUGCCGAGGAUAUCCUUUGGCAGCGGGACUUAUAUUUCAGCAUCCGGAGAACAGUUGAAAACAAGCACGCCUCGGUUCGCCGGUCCAUCUGAAAGACUGACACUAUCUUUACUAUCUCCUAUGCCCAAUGAGCAAGAUUUUGCAGUGAAUGUGUGUACGGUGUUAGCCGCUGAUCAUUCCAACAGGCUACCUUUGAACACAACGCCACAUAUAUUGGACUUUUUGUUGGCUCAUGCUGGUGUUUAUAAUCAUUCAAGCCUACGCGACACAAUCGGCCGCUCAUACUACGAAGCGCGCGGCCGCUACCCGCACGAGUUCUGGCAGAUGAGAGCGGGCGGUGGGGGCGCUAAGGAACUUGCAGACGAGACGAAGUUCAUGCAACCUGGUAUCGAACAACCGGAACUGAUGGUUCAAGCGCUAGCCGCACAUAAUGCGUUGACGGAUUGCUUGGUGAACGGGGGUGAUGAUGGUGAUAUUCUGGAUAAGGUUGUGGAUGAUCUUCACCAACAGGAAGUGGAAGACUGGGUGACUGAACCCUCGGAGGAAGACCAGCUCUUCGCCCCGGAGUUGCCUGGGGGAGCAAGCUGUGUGUACACACAGAGGGUCGUGCAAAUUGCGUCCAUUGUACGAUCACUGUCGUUCCAUGAAGAGAAUUUGCAGUAUCUGGCUAAGAAUACUACGCUUAUACGGUUUUUAUUGCUCUGUGCUAAUUGUUGGGUUGGUACAUUGCGUCAGAGUGGUUUAGAUACGUUGGGGAAUAUUUCUGCUGAAUUAAUUAUUAAGGACCCAGCAACCUGUCUUAUAUCGCGACACAUACUAUCCACAAUACAAACAUCCCUGUCAUCGCCGGACCGCGCUAGAAUAUUGUCAGCUCUUGAGUUGUUGAAUAAGUUGGCACAGAAUGAGUCCAAUGAAGAUGCGCUUUUGAAAUCUUUGGAGGCUAAGGUGUACAGCGACGUAUGCUCCCUCCUAACGCUACGCGAUAUAAUGGUGCUAGUGUGCACGCUAGAGUGCAUAUACGCACUUACAUCGCUAGGAGAGGCCGCGAGCGAGUCGGUGGCGCGAGUCACUGGCCUCGUGCACACGCUCGUGUCGCUUGUUACUGUUGAGGCACAAAGUUACGGGCCUCGUGCGUGCAUAUUAAUGAGGGUAGUUGAAACAGUCAGCGGUCCGGCAGUCGUUGAACGGGAGCCGGAGAGACCACAACCACAACCACAGCCCCAAACGCCGGUAAAAUCGCAAGAAUCUCCUUCACCUGCGCACGCGCACACGACCGCCGCGAGCGCUGCGCCCGCACCGCCGCUGUCCUCCAUACAGGUGUCGCACUUGCACCAGCGGACUGUACAAGAAAACGAGCACUUCGCACAAGCGUGGCUCCGUUCAGCGUACGAGCCGUUACCAGCCAACGACAACACUACGUUGGACGCCGCUGAACUGUACCGCCAUUACAUGACGAGUUGCACGAAGAUGGGGCGUAAGGGGAUUAUUGCGCCUGCACACUUUCCGCGGCUUGUGAGAACAGUGUUCGGCGGCACAGUGGGCCCCAACACAGUGGCAGCUGCGAACGGGGAGAUGCAGCAGAUGUACGUGGGCAUACGGGCCAAGCCCGGCGCGGUGAAGGUCAACCCGCCGCCAGGACCAUCAUCGCCAAUACUGAAGGCGCAACUGACAAACAAAACGCCUGAAGUUAAACCCGUUGUAGUUCAACCAGCGGCUCAACCGAUAUCGCACCCGCACCUCUCGCAAGCGCUGGAAUCGAACCCGUCCAACACUUCGCUGAUCAAACACCUACUCGCCCAUAAAGUAAGCCCCGGCAUACAACCGCAAGUUGCACAAAGACAGCAAAGUCAACAGCGAGUCGGGACGGUGGCGUCCGUUGUGAUACAAGGCAAUCAGAAUACGGCAAUGGAUGUGGACCCUGAAGCAUUGAUUAAAUGUACCACAAUAACCCCGGGUGGUGUUGCCAGUAAUACACCAGCUUUACAAGGCGAUAAGGUCAAUAUGACUGAAGAUAUCACUGUUCCUAAAGAAGAACCAGUGCAGAUACAGAUCGACGAACAAGCUCAAUUGACAAUUAAAGCGGCUCAAAACAAAAUGCUAGCUGAUCUUCUAGAAAAGAAGUCUAAUCCACCGGUCCAAGUUGUUCAAAUGUCGUCACAAAUGAACGCACCCACUAUACAAAUAACCGAAACGGGACAAAUAGUGCAAGUUAAACAAGAGAAUAACCCGGUUAUACAAAUAAACCCCGAACCUGUAGUAAUGCAAACAGCACCAUACAUACAAAUAAAGAACGAUCAAGGACAAUUGAUACAGAUUAAAAAUGAUUCCGGACAGAUUAUACAACUCAAAAGCGAUCAAGGCGUGAUACAGUUUAAAAAUGAUCAAGGGCAACUUGUACAGAUUAAAAAUGAUCAAGUGCCACAGAUAAUGCAAAGUGUCAUACAGAGUGUUAAGAGUGAGAAUGAAACGGUGAUAACAGAUCAUUCUUAUACGGAACCGCCGGCGAAGAAAGUUAAGACUGAGGAAAAAUCUGAGAAUUCACCACAAGAAAGUGUGUCAAAAACAGCGGCUAAUUUGUACGCGGCGCUAGCGGCGUCAGCGCUUGAAGAUGAAGAUGAUUUGUUGCCGCCAAAACAAGAGGAAGUGAUGCAACCCCCCAUGAUAGUCGCCGGCGGUGGGGAUAACCCUUCGGUAAUAAUACAAGAACCUUUGUUGCAGGUACAACAACCGACGAUGCAAGUUCAAGCACCAACCUUACAGGUACAACAACCGACAUUGCAAGUACAACAGCCGAUGUUACAAGUGCAACCGAUGGACGUGCAAAACAUUAUUGCGUCGCAGUCUGGACAACUUAUACUGCAGGAGAAAACAGUAGCAACUCAACCCACGCAAUUCGUUCAACAACCAAUGCAGAUUAUUGCUACGCCAAGCACAUCGCAAGGAGGAAUCGGAUACAUAACACAGAAUAUCCCGGGUAAUAUGAUGCAAAAAACUAUUAUUAUAGUCCAAGGACCAACUGGGGGCGGUCCUCUUACAUUGACGGUGAACAACCCGAGCGGCUUGGACGAGGCAACGCUAAACAAUCUCAUCGCACAGGCCACUGAGGCGAUAACGCAACAACAGAUAAUUCAGAACACCGGCGUGAUACAAUCAACGCAACGUGUGAUUGUCAGUCAGCCGACACUCGUGAGCACGGCACAGUCGAUCGCCGUGGUGAAAACGGCACUUGCACAGAAUGCACCUCAAAUAACGCCGAGUCAACAGCCCAUUAUAACAACACAGCCGCAACCUCACAAAGCACAGAUUAUAAACCAAUCACAACCACAACAGAUUGUUGUUACCCAAAAACAACCGCCCGCUCUAAUAAGCACUUCAACCGGCAACCCUAUAGUUGGCAACCAACAAUUAUUGCAAGGCAACCAACAGAUUAUACAGGGCAACCAACAAUUGUUGCAAGGCAACCAACAGAUUAUACAAGGCAACCAACAGUUAUUGCAAGGCAACCAACAAAUUAUCGCGGUAUCGAAUAACCAGCAGAUAAUAGUGAAUGCGCCGUUGAAACAGAAUGUGCAUAGAGUUGUUCAACAAUCGCAGAGGAGUCAAAUUACUACGGCGACGGUCAGUACUCCGACUGCUAUACAAAGUGAUACGAAAACGGUUGUGACGCAGAGCGCUGCUAAACCAAACCAGCCUAUGAUGCGCCAAGUGAUAACCCGCCAACCUGUGAUGGUCGGGAACACGAAAAUCGGCGACAAGGAGACUAUUGUCGCUCAGCCCGUUACAGAACAAAAACCACCGGUUACGUCAGCAACGCCACCGCCGGCACCGGCUGCCGGUACUCAAGAAGAUACCCCUUGGAUAUGCCAUUGGAAGGGAUGUGGGAAAACGUUCGGCAGCGCAUCAUGCGUAUUCACACACGCGGCACGGGCCCAUUGCCCCGGGGCCGCUGGGGCCUCCGGGGGCUCUGGGGCCUCCGGUGGGGACAUGCCGUGCAUGUGGCUGGAUUGUGAUAGAGUCCCCAGGAAGACAUUUGCGUUGUUGAACCAUUUGAACGAUAAGCAUUGUACGCCGCAGGCGCUAAAAGCGAUCUACAACUCGCGGCGGCACGCGGCGGCCGAGCCGGAGCCGAGCCGGCCCGCGUCGGUCGCGUACCCGCCCAACGCGGCGCUCGCAGCGCUCAACAAGCACGCGGCCGACCUGUACAACCCGCGCGAGCUUAUGCACACGGCCGACACUCGUGCGCCGGAUUCUGGGGAUGAAAAUGAAGGACCAGUGACGAAGAGCAUACGUUUAACAGCGGCCCUUAUUUUGAGGAAUAUCGUGAUUUAUUCAAACACUGGAAGACGAAUCCUGCGCCAAUACGAAGCCCAUUUAGCCGCCAUUGCUCUGAGCAACGUGGAAGCUUCUAGAACGAUCUCGCAAGUUCUAUUCGACAUGAACAAUAUAUGAGAGUCGGCCAAUGGGCACGGGCCCCAAGACAAUGUGUGAUGUGCGAUAAUGUGCUUUAUGACUGUGCAGUAAGGAUGGAACUUGCAUGAAUGUUUGUUUAAAGAACUGUAAUCGAAAAUGUGUUUUAUUACUUUAUAGUAAGGAUGAAACUUGCAUGACUGUUUGUAAGAACUACAAUAGAAAGAGUAAUGGAUGCACAAAUGUUUGUAACAAAAAAAAAAUCCUAUAUAGAUGUGAAAUGUCCUAAAUGAUUUUCUAUCGUUCAUAUUCCUUUGAUGUUUUUUUUCGUAUGGGCCUGCUGUUACGUUAUCCGUACUUUAUUUCUUUGAUAGUGAUGAUAUAUGUAAUUAAUAAACCAGUUUCAAUUUUAUGAUCGGUUUAUUGAUGACAGUAAUAAUGAUUAUUGUUGGGCAUAAAUUAUGUAGAUUUAUCGAUGAUACAAAUUGAUAAUACUGUAUAUUAUGAUAAGCUCGCGACUGCAUACUGACUUAGUAACUAUGAAUUUUUUCUGUAAUUAAAGAGCGUGUGAGCCGAGCAUACGUGCCAGAAGUGAAACUUCUUUGGCAAUAUUCAAAAAUCGUCGCUUUACUCCAUGGAGUGACGGUAUUGGCAUGACGCGACAUUGAAAUUUUACUCUCAACACGCUUAAGUUUCACUUCAAAAAAUAAAAUAAAUUGAUUGCGUAUAGCACUGACUCAAGAAGUACGGCUAGUCCAUUCAACGCGGAUCUGAUUAAAUAAUCAAUAUUAGAAAUGUACCUAUAUAAAGUCUGUUUUUUCUCUUUUGUAACGUUUUCGAACAAUUUGAAUGCGCUCUCGUGAUUGGUUGAAAAAUCUUUGUUGAUUCUAUGAAACUGAAGUCUAUUGGCUAUUGCUUGUAAGAACUUUUUGUAUUUAUAGUCUUUUUGAUAUAGUAGUUCAAAGUAUUUUUUAUGUUCAACUAGUUUAAAUCUAAAUUAAAUUAAGGCGAAUACUUAAGCAUAGUUAUUUGUGAAGUUUGUCAAAAUGACAGCUAUUUACUUAUUAAUGUAAGGAUAAAAAUCUAACUUGUAUAUUUUCAUAUACUUGAAGAAAAACAUACUUGUAUAGAGACUACGGAAAUCUCUUUUGAAUCAAAAGUAUAAUAAGUUAUUAAUUAUAUAGAGAUAAAAUAGAUUUAAAUAAGGUAUGACUGUUAGUUUGUUAGUUUUAGUGUUUAUUUAAAAAUGAACCUGAAAUAUAUUAUGAGGUUGUAUAUGUCA